AUGCGGUGCCGUGUCCCAGUUCUACAGGCAGAAGGCCAGCGACUAGCAGAGCGCCAGCACGGACCAGUGGCUCGACACGUAGACCUGGACACACGGGGCAGGAGAUCUCAGCGAACGCGAACGGGUUCGCCACCGUGUUCGAGCAGUUGGGCCCUCGGCACCCCGGACUGGGACAUGCCGCGACGACGGGCUCCGCCAGCUCGUGCGCACCUGGACCCGUGCGACAAUCGCGUGCUCAACAGCCGUGGCGGCGACGACGACAUCCAGAACACGACGGUCUUGACGCUUAGGGAGGUGCUUAAUGCCGUGACGACUGUCAUCGGCAUCGGCGCUUCGUUCGCGGGGCUGGGCGAGGGGAUGGCCUGCAAUCAACACGCGGACCUCGGCGCCGUGCUCUCCAAAGUCGUCAUCGAAUCCAUGAAGAGCUUCACCUCCGCCAACAACCAGCUGAUGUCCGGAUCCACCUACGACAAAAUGGGGGACAUCAAAUCGUACCUACAAGGCAAGGCCUUCGUCGCCUUCGGCGGCGUGGACAAGAACGGCGUGGUCGACGUCACGAACGCGGUCCUGCUCGGCAACGCCGUCAACGUAGCCGUGGCGGCAGCAGAAGAUCUUCAUCCUGGGCGGCAGCAACUGCGGGGACGACGGGCAGGGCAUCGGGACAUGGGGCCUACUAGGGACUACAGGAUCUGCCGCGACGGGAAGGGCGUGGUACUUGUACUAUUGGCACGAGGGCAACGGCGACUUCUUGUUGAACAAGUAAUGGGGUACGCGUACGAUGCGAACAAAGCCGGCGAGCGCGUGCACGAGGCGCUGCAGGGCGGGUGGAGGAACCCCAGCUCCCAGAGCCCAUCGUAGAAAAUGCACCUUCACGAUCCUGGUGUGCGAUGUGAGCGGCGCGAUUCGGCCAGAGCUGGCUCGACGAGCAGUAUAUCUUCGAGGAGUACGGCGGCGACGCCCGACCGGUGUGGUGCGGGCCAAUCUGUAGCAACGGCUGGGACAAGACGCAGCGGUCCAUCAACGCGGCGAAUAUGAAUGAUUUCAAGAGUCCGAAGCAUAUUUGCACCGAGAAAGGCGUUGAUAUUCAGUAUUAGUUUUCGGAUGCGGUAAAUGGUAUUUUUCUUCUUUUGGUUCUUAGAUAAUUAUUAACCCUUGGAAUUACGCAGAUAUUUCUCCAGUGGAUCAUUAAUCGAAGUGACCUUUGUGAGAUCUUUCAAAUCCACCCCUUCUACGGUCGG